GUGGCGGCGCGCGGGCCCGCGGGGUCAGUCGGAGCGCGGCGCCGAGCGGAGCGGAGCGGAGCCGGGGACAGCCGGGGCACAGCCGGGCACCAGCGCCAGCAGCGCCGACAGCCACCGCAGGCACACCGGAGCGAGCGCACGAUGAUAAACACCCAGGACAGUAGUAUCCUACCUUUGAGUAACUGUCCCCAGCUGCAGUGCUGCAGGCACAUCGUUCCAGGGCCUCUGUGGUGCUCCGAUGCCCCUCACCCACUGUCGAAGAUCCCCGGUGGGCGAGGGGGUGGCAGGGAUCCUUCUCUUUCAGCUCUGAUAUAUAAGGAUGAGAAGAUCACUGUUAGCCAAGAUGUCCCAGUGCAUGAAGGGAAGCCUCACAUUGUCCACUUCCAGUACAAGGUCACAGAGGUGAAGACCUCCUCCUGGGAUGCAGUGCUCUCAAACCAGAGCCUCUUUGUGGAAAUCCCUGAUGGAUUAUUAGCUGAUGGAAGCAAAGAAGGGUUGUCAGCACUGCUGGAGUUUGCUGAAGAAAAAAUGAAAGUCAACUAUGUCUUCAUCUGCUUCAGAAAAAGCAGAGAAGAUCGAGCUCCACUCCUGAAGACGUUCAGCUUCUUGGGCUUCGAGAUCGUGCGGCCCGGCCAUCCCGCUGUCCCGUCGCGGCCCGACGUGAUGUUCAUGGUGUACCCCCUGGAGCAGAGCUCUUCCUCCGACGAAGAAUAGCUGCACAGGGGAACUCCAGUGGGACCCUAACAUGCUGUGGAGGGGAGAGAGGACCACCUCCUUUCCUGAGGAGAGGGAAGCAGAGCUUCUGUUGGACUGCAAGCGCAUUUCUCAUUGUUAGAUUGGGCUGUGUAUCCCCAGAGUUGACUCUCAUUGAAACAUGUUGCCUAGAGAACUAUCUAUCACACAUGUAAUCAUCAUUAGGAAAAGGAAGAUGUUUAUGAACUGGCAUAGGAGCUCUUCCCAUGCAGCUGCAUGGUGUGGGAGCCCCGGGGUCGGUACCACCUUCGGGACUCCUCUGAACCCCACUGGUGCCUCCUGCCUGCCCAGCGUGGGCUCAGCUGGGACACAACCCCUUCAUUCCCCACUCAAGACCUUACAAACAGCCUGGCUUGGUGUGGGGCACGUGCAGGAGACACUCAAGUUUAUCCUUUAACACUACAUUAAACCCCCCAUACAUCUCCACUCCAAUGCUGGUUUAACUGGUCUAACCUUUUUUUCCCCUUUUUUUUUUGAAACUUCUUGCUCUUCCAGCUUUUGUUUUAUGCAGUCUUAACCCUGUUCCAUGUUCCCACUACACUAUCACAGCAUUCAAUAAAAGGGGCAUUCAGAUGACUUCACACAUUUGGGGCUGCUUAUUUGGGAGGAGCAGUUUCCUGACCUGCACCAUGAUGGUUGGGAUGGUCCAAAGAGCCAAGAAAAGCUCCUGCCUUUACCAUCCACCCUAGGAUGGGUCUGGAACCCCAAGCCCUCACCUCUGCUCCUACUCAUCUUCCCACAGGGAUAAGCUCAAUGCAUGAGAUACCACCAAUGGCUGUAUCCAAACAAAUGGGUUGUAUGGGGGCAGGUGCUGGGAUAUUCCCCCCAUCCAGGGGCUUUUCCAGGAAGGGGCCAUGGUGCCAGCAGUGGGUCAUGGCUCAGCCCAGCCCUGUCCCUGUCCUGUGGCACUGUCCCUGUAUCCUGGCUGGCUCUGUCUGGCAGGCCCCAGGGAAGGGGGAUGUGCCCCAGGGCCUUGCCCUCAGCUCUUCCUGGCCUGGCUCCUUGUGGGAUUGUUCCUGUUGUGCUCUUGCCCUUCAUGGAUGAUUCUGUUGGGAAGCUGGACCCGAGUCAUUCCAUAUCCACCUUGUGUGCUUGGCUAGGGAGAGUGGGGCUGGCAUAUGAGUGUGUGUGAAUAAAUAAUCAUAAAUUUGG